CACCUCUUGGUCUCUCGUAAUACUGUAUAUUUCAUAUCUUAUUUCAUAACAUUGUACAGGCAUUUCAAUAGAACUUUAUUAAUUAAUGAACGUCAGGCGGUUCCUUUCUUAAGCAGACUACUUUGAAAUGAUCACUUUAAUAUUUUCAUUACUUUACACUACUUUAAUUAUACUGUAGUCUUCAGAUGUCUAAUGUGGACGCGAUAUUUAUUAAACAGACUUAAUUGGCGAAUCUAAGGAUAGGACACCACCUGUUCCAACUAGUAAACGAACGAACAACAAUAUGUUGAAUACAUAUUGAUUAGUUUAACACUGACCGGUUUAAUGUCAUAGAGAAUGGAAUUAAUAAUUAGUGAACAUGACAGUUGGCAUUUUGUCUUGAGUUUUUCAUAACUAUUUCAUCUUUAUAAAUAAUAUUUUCAUCUUUGAAAUUCAGUUAGAAACGGCAAAAGAAAAUGACGGAAAAGAAUCAGAAAAGUCUCAUUAAAGCUAAAAUUAAAGAAUCUUUAAGUAUGUCAACACUAAAAGGAAUUCCAAGAGUUAUGAAAACUAAAAAUAAAUGUAUUAAAAGCUUAUGGGCUGUUGGAACGAUUAUGGUUAUUUUGGCUGCUGGAUGCCAUUGGUAUUAUCUCUUUAGCGGAUACUUAAAAAGAACAGUUUUUACUAUUGUUCAAGAAAAUUAUGAAGCUAUUCUAUCGAAUGAAAAUUUUCCUGGUCUUACAUUGUGCUCACUUGUGCCAUUUUCAAAGGAUCCAACAGGAGAAAUUCCAUCUUAUGAACAGUUUCAUACUAAAUUAUUAUCAAAAAUAAAGGAGCUUGAAAAGCGAAAUAAGACACUUAAUAGCAGAACAAAAAGACUUUUAAUUCAUAAAAGCAUAUAUUACGAUUGGUUAGGCUUAAAUGACGCCAGAAAAAUAGGUCAGAAAGAAGGAGUAUUUAUCUUGAAUUGUAAAUUGAAAAUAUCUGGUUACGAAGGAGCUUAUUUGCCUUGUAGAAACUAUUCAACAAUUACUCUGAUUCAAAACCCUUAUAUGUUCAAUUGUUAUGCAAUUAAAUUCAAUUUACCACAAAUUGAAAAUGGAGUAAUUGACAAAGCGGUUUUUACAUUAUAUCUCGACGAAAUAUCCCCAGACUAUUCUUUUUAUUUAAAGAAGAAUUAUAAUCUAUUAGGAGAGGGAAUUAAAAUACUGGUACACGAUAAGAAUAACAAAUUUCCAAGAGUUCAAAAUGAAGGAUUUAUUAUUUCAAAAGGAACUAAAUCUAUUGUAACAACGAGACCAGUAUUUAGAGUACGUAAACCCGAACCAUAUACGAAUUGUCAAGAAAUUCCAAAUGACAUUUAUAAUUUUACUGGAAAUCUAGUAAAAGCGAAUUCUUUUGCGUAUUGCUCUUUAAGAUUAUGGCAGAAUGAAGUUGUGAAAAAGCACGGGUGUAUCUCAACAACUUUAUUAAUUGUCUCCGAACUUGAUCACCUAAAGCUACCUCGAUGCAAGGAAUUAGGUCGAAAUAUAACUUUAAACGGUUUAGAAGCAGUUAUAAAUUUCAUCAAUAAUUUUUAUAAUAUAACUACUAUAGAAUACGAUUCUAAAAAUGCUACUACUGGGGGACGCUGUCGUCAUCCUUGCUACGAACAUUAUUUCAAACAAUCUUAUUCAAGUAUAGAUCUAAAAGGUUCAUACUUUAUUAAUCUUCUUGAAUAUGCUGACAAUGUAGAAGCGAUUAAAAACUACUUGAAAGUUCAGCAAACAUUUCAAAAAUGUAUUGAGAAGGAUACUGAAAAAAGUUGUAUAGAGAAAUUAGCAAUUGUGCCAUAUAAGAAUCUGAUAGAACUGGAAGUUCAACAAAAUAUUCAUUUUGGAGCUUUAGUUGAAUUCGACGCACCUGUUUUUGAACUUCCAGAUUUUUUAGCAAAACUUGCUGCAACAAUUAACUUUUGGGUUGGAUUUUCGGCUAUAAUUUUCAUAGAGAUAAUCGAUUUGAUUUUACAGAUUUGUAUACCUGGAACUGUAUAAGAAACAAUCAAGGAAGAGAUUUGUCAAAACUGUUAUAAUUUCGCUAACCUUGUCAUAUGAAUGUAUAUCUAUAUACUGUAUAUGUAAAAAGAACAUUUCAUAUGCAAAAAAAAUUAAGUUUUGUUGUUUUCUUUAUCGUCUUUAUUAUAUAAUCUAUACGAAAAAAAAGGAAGAAAUGAAAUAAAGUUGAGAAAACUAUCGUUUUUGUU